AUGUUACUCAAAUUAAGUCUAAUAUUCUUUUUCAUAAGUCGAAUAGAUGCUGCAAGAAUACUAGCGGUGUUUCCGACGCCAUCUAUAAGUCAUCAGCAAGCGUUUCGCCCAAUCAUCCAAGAGUUAGUGAAGCGAAACCAUGACGUCUACGUUCUCACGACAGAUCCAAUGUAUCCGAAAAACAAGGCUCCUGCAAAUCUUACAGAGAUAGACGUUCAUGAUUUAUCAUAUCAAGAAGUAGCCGGGUGGCUGCAAGAUGUUCAAGGAGAUAAAUUAGGUAUAAUUAAGACAGUGAAAGACAUUUUCGCUAGAAUAAUUGUGUUAUUGGAGAAGCAAAUUCAAGUCCCCGAAUUUAAGGAGCUGUAUGGUCAGAAGUUUGAUUUGUUACUUAUAGAGGCUUAUGUGCAAUCGGCGUUGGUGUUGGCUCAUGUAUUUGACGCACCCGUCAUUCAGGUCAGUUCGUUAGGAGGUGGGCCUAAGUCGUAUGCAGAAUUCGGAGCGCCCUAUCAUCCACUUUUAUUUCCUUCAGCGGCUGCACAAAGGUUAUAUAAUUUGACAAUGUUUGAAAAGGCUCAAUCUCUCCUCAUAAACUAUUUCUUGGAGUAUUUAGUGCUACAAUCGAGGGAAUUCGAAUAUGAAAUGUGGAAAAGAAAUUUUGGCCCAGAUGUUCCAACUUACGAUGAGUUAUUCCUGAAAAAGGUGCAAAUGUUAUUCCUAAAUGAGCACCCUAUUUGGUCGGAUAAUCAUCCAGUGCCACCUAGCAUUGUCUAUAUUGGAGGUAUUCAUCAGCCUCUUGAACCUGAGAUGCCUCAGGAACUUCAAACAUUUUUAGAUUCCUCUAAAAAUGGCGUGAUUUAUAUUAGUUUUGGUUCGAAUGUGAAGCCAUCGAUUUUACCGCCAGAAAAAAUUCAAGUGAUGACAAAAGUUCUAUCGAAGCUACGUUAUGACGUUCUCUGGAAGUGGGACCAAGAGGAACUACCAGGAAAAUCAGAGAAUAUUAGAAUAUACAAAUGGUUCCCGCAACCGACUCUACUUAAGCACCCCAAAGUCAAAAUCUUCAUAACUCAAGGAGGCCUACAGUCCACAGAUGAAGCGAUUGAUGCAGCGGUACCUUUGAUUGGUAUUCCAAUGCUUGGAGAUCAAUGGUACAACGUGGAGAAAUACGUUCGACACGACAUAGGUCUGCAGUUAGAUAUUAAUCACAUAACAGAAGACAGCUUUAGAAAUGCUAUUGAACGAGUUAUCGACGAUAAAAGAUACAAGGAAAACAUUAUUAGACUUAGGUCAAUCAUGAGGGAAUAUCCAAUCGAACCAAAGAAGUUAGCCGUGUGGUGGAUUGAGCACGUCUUGAAACAUGGCGGUAAGCACUUAAGAUCGCCGGCUACAGGACUAACAUUUUUUGAAUAUUAUGAAGUACCUUUAUUACUGACAAUGCUUGGUAUUUCAAUAUUGGUUGUUGCUGCUAUAGUAUUUACAAUAUUAAUAGUUUGGAGACAGCUAAAGAAACGUUUAACGUCAAGUGGUAAGAAGAAACAGAAAAAACAAAAGAAGCUUUAA